AUGUCCGAGGCUAUCGAGAUUAUCGUCACACGCGACAACGUCGCCGACGUCCUCAAGCACGACACCAAAGUCAAGCUCGCCGGAGUUGACGCAGACGGCAUCUUGCGCGGCAAGCUCGUGUCGAAGAAGAAAUUCCUCUCGAUCGCGACUGAUGGCUUCGGCUUCUGCUCUGUGAUUUUCGGCUGGGAUAUGCACGAUCGUACCUACUUCAAAGAGCUUGCGAUCAGCAACAAGGAAAAUGGAUACCGGGAUUUACUUGCCAUACCUGAUCUCGGAAGCUUCAGGCGCAUUCCCUGGGAGGAUAACGUCCCGUUCUUCCUAGUCAGCUUCUACGACCCGGAGACGCGACAGCCCAUCUCUCCCUGCCCCCGCGGACUGCUUAAAUCGGCGGUCGAUAAGGUCGAGAAUGAGGGAUACCAAGCCAUGGCUGGCGCCGAGUUUGAAUUCUACCAGUUCCGGGCCCCGCAAACCGAUUCCAGCGAGCGAAACUCAUCGGGCACGGCGUCGUUUCUCAAAAACAAUCCUGUCGAAUCGCUGCCUCCGUUGACGGAAGGAAUGUUUGGAUAUAGUAUUACGCGGCCCGUACACAACCAAGACUACUACUACGGUAUCUUCGACGCUUGCGAAAAGUUCCGAUGCGAUAUCGAGGGAUGGCACACAGAAAGUGGACCGGGUGUAUUCGAGGCUGCUUUACAGUUUGGCGAGAUCAAGGAGACGGCAGACCGAGCCGGCCUAUUCAAAUACGUUGUCAAGUCGCUUGGGAGCAAGCAUGGCAUCACACCAGCCUUUAUGGCCAAGCCGCGUGAAGGACUACCAGGAAACAGUGGGCAUAUGCAUGUGUCGAUUGUGUCUAAAGAGGGCAAAAACCUCUUCGUCCGAGAUGCGCCGGAUCCAUCCCCGCCUUACCCGGAAGUCAAGUAUCUGUCAGAUAUGGGGCGGCAUUUCUUGGCCGGUCUUCUGGAAGGUCUCCCUGAUAUUAUGCCCCUGUUUGCGCCUACGAUCAACUCUUAUAAACGACUAGUUGAGAACUUCUGGGCCCCUGUUACAGUAUCGUGGGGUCUAGAACAUAGAGCCGCGUCGAUUCGACUAAUCGCGCCUCCGACAGCCAGCGACAAGGCGACACGAUUUGAGGUCCGGGUGCCCGGAGCAGAUACGAACCCGCAUUACGUGCUGGCUGCUAUUCUGGCGACUGGAUGGCGGGGCGUUGAGAAGAAGCUCGAAAUCCCGGUUCCUCCCCUAGGCAAGGGCGAGGAUACGGGAGGAGCCGGCGAUAAGGGGGCGCGACUGGCCAAGUCGCUGCAGGAAGCGAACGACAUCUUCAAGCGGCCAGAGAGCAUUGCGCGUGAAGUUUUUGGCGACCAGUUUGUCGAUCACUACAGCGGCACGCGGGAGCAUGAGGUUCUUCUAUGGCAGGAAGCUGUGACGGAUUGGGAGGUGAGACGGUAUAUCGAGACGGUGUAA